CCGUGGCGGUGGGGACCGUGGGCCGGGCCGGCCGGGCGGCGGAGGAGAAGGCGGCUGCUUAGCGGGCUCGGCAUGGCCCCGGCCCGGCUGCCCCCGCUGCUGCUGCUGCUGGUGGUCGCAGACUGCGCCUGGCGGCCGGCGCGGGGCCAGGAGGCGCCGCAGACCCCGGACUGGCGGAUGACGCUGAAGACGAUCCGCAAUGGCGUACACAAGAUCGACAUGUACCUGAACGCGGCCCUCGACCUGCUGGGCGGCGAGGACGGGCUCUGCCAGUACAAGUGCAGCGACGGAUCAAGGUCCGUUCCUCGCUAUGGAUAUAAACCAUCACCACCAAAUGGGUGUGGAUCCCCUGUAUUUGGAGUUCAGUUUGACAUUGGUAUCCCUUCAAUGACAAGGUGCUGCAAUCACCAUGACAGAUGCUAUGAUACUUGUGGCAAUAAAAAAAAUGAUUGUGAUGAGCAGUUUCAGACCUGCCUCUCAAAAAUUUGCAGAGAUGUGCAGAAAACGCUUGGAAUCUCAGAGAGUGUCCAGGCUUGUGAAUCAACUGUUCAGCUGCUGUUUGAUGCAGUUAUACAUUUGGGAUGCAAACCGUACCUGGAUAGCCAGAGAGCUGCUUGUAUGUGUCGUUACGAGGACAAAACAGAUCUCUGAAAGAAGGCACUGAGACCUCAUGGUGUAGAACAAAGCUGAAGAUUCAGCCAAAAUGAAGCAAGGCUUCUGUUACAAACCUUUGUGCUUUUCAGACAGUGAUACAUUAAACACUGACAGGAAUUUACUGAUUUGAAGAUCACUACAAUACUCUUAAUCAUGUAAAAAAAAAAGAAUUACGUCCUUCUCUCCAUUUUAUAUCAGAAGCUUGGGAACUGAAAUUGCUUUCCUUUGGUGUUUGUUCACCUAGGACAUGCUGUUUUAAAAUGCUGGUGCCAUUUUAAUGUUCCCAAGAAAACUCCAUAGUGGGGAUGUCAGACACAUCAAAGAGUUAAUAUUGAAUUCUCAGGUGAUUUUUAAUACAGGUCAAAUUUGGGUUUACUAGCAGUUGAAGCAUCUGAUGGGUUCAACAGGAAAGUGUGUGUUGUGUGUACCAUUAUGACAUCUUACACAGGCUGUAUUUGUGUGUUUCUGCUGCAAUUGCCUUCAGUUCUCUCUCAUGUAUGUGAGAGUUUUGUAUGCAGGUUUGUUGUUAAAGAAACAAGGAAAAUGCCCCAAGCCAAUGUACACGCACUACAUAUUUCUACCUGAUUCUGUAUCAAUGCCUUGCUUCUGCAGCACUUUUCAGAUCAAAUAUGUUGAUCCUUUUAAGGGCUCUCCAGUAACAUGAACAGUUUGCAGCCCAAGGAUAUACUUUUGAUUUGACAGAAUGGUGAAAUGUAGUUUCUAUGUUAUGUGUUAAAAAUUCAUCAAUUCAUGUCUGUUUUUGAAUAAAACGUUUUGUGUUGGGUAUUGUAUGCUUGGAAAGUAUAUAUGUAUAAGUAUGUUGAUUUGUACUUCUGUUGUGGCACAACUUGGCUACUGUAUUCCUCUUUGCUUUCAUUUAGUCUGUUCUGAUGAAAACUAAAAGCAAGUUCCAUAGUUAAGAUCAGUGUGCCCAAAAAACUUAUUUAAGAUGCCCUCUGUGAGGCUGAUGGAUAUAUGAGCCUGUGCUUGUCAGCUGUUCCCUCUCCGACUUCUCUAGCUAAAAUCACCUGGUGUCUGAAUUAUUUGGCAUUUGCUCUUUGUACUCUCUGUGCUUGUUUCUUAUCUACAUAUGUCAGUCCUUAGUUAACUUUCGCAUUAGGUCCUCUGUUAGAUAAUGAUUUGCUUUCAUUAAAAAGCAGUUCUGCAUUGGAUAUUCGCAGGAGAGGAAUGAAAAUUAAAAUACUGCAUCUGUGAAACUAAAUGCAUAAAAUUUAGUGGACUCAUGGACUAUAAUGUAAUAUAAUUUCUUGUGGUUUUUCUUUACCAGUUGCGUUUUUGGUUUGUUACUAAAGCUUAGUGUAUGUGACAGUGAAUAUAAAGGCCUCAUAAACAAAAGUUUCUGCAGAAGUUCUUUGGUCAUGCCUCAAGGUUUCUUUUCUUAUUUGUGGAUAUGAAAUAGCACUAAAAGAGAAGUAUUACUGUAGAGUUUUAUGAAACUUUGCUAGAUGAACUUGUAGUUCCCCUAACUUCGGUGACAUUUAUUUUCUACCAAAGAAUUGAAACAAUUCUGAAUUACCCUGGAAUUCCAUGGUUGUAACCCUAAAAAUCUUUUCAACAUUAAAGCAGGGAAUGGUAAUGGUGUUGUCUGUUUAAAAUGGCAAAAAUACCACAAUGAGUCCAAACCACUGUAAUUCAGCUAGAUGGCUUGUUGAGUUCUGUACAAAUGGGAUUAAACUAGAUGCUUAAAUGAA